GAUGCGCAAACGGAGUUCCCAGGAGCGGUGUGGGGCGCGCUGCGGCCGCACAAGGUGCCCGGGGCGCGCAACAGCCCAGCAGACGCCACGUGGCUGAACAAGGACGAGCGCGACACGGAGGUUUACAUCGAGGAGUGCUGCUCGCUGUGCGCGCUCAACGACCAAUGCGAGUACUGGACCUUCUCGAGACGACUGGAUUCCAUCAAAGGCACAUGUCAGCUGUUUUCCACCCAGCAGUGCGCCCCCAGCAAGGCCUACUCCGCGCUCUCCCGCCCCGCCUCCUCCCCGGCCUCCUCCCCCCGCACCCACCACCCCGUCUCCUCCCCCAAAGUCUCCUUCUCCUUCCGCAAGGCGCCAAAAGACGCCGCACUUCCGACCCCGGGCGGCUCCGACGGCACGGGCGGCACUGGCGGAGCGGGCGGCGGCACGGGAGCAGGGACAGCGGGAGGGGGACUGGAUGAUCCUUUAACGGGGUCAGGGGGCAAUGGGGGGGACAGCAGCAGCGGUGGCAGCGGUGGCAGCAGUGGCAGCGGUGGCAGCGGUGGCAGCGGUGGCAGCGGUGGCAGCGGUGGCAGCGGUAGCAGCGGCAGUGGCGGAGGCAGCAGCACUGGGAGUGGCAGUACCAUCACCUCAGGAAACACCACCUGUCCUUCCUUCUCCGGCUGCCUUUCCGCCUGUCCAGCUGGCACCAGCGCGAUCACCCAGUUGUACAGCGACACGUCAGCGCCCGCCACGUCAGCAGCCGCUAACGUGGCGCGGGGGAGGCUGUACGGUGUGGAAUCGCCAGCAGCGGGGUGGAGCGUGGUGGGGGAGGCGGGGUAUUUGAGCAUUGGGGGUUGCUGUCAGGCGUGUAAGGCAGGGGCAAGCAAUGACUGCUACUACUGGACGUGGCAACAUGAUCCCAAGGAGGGGGAUUAUGACCGAGGCGUGUUGCUUCAUUACAGACGAGGGCUCUCUGCCAACACACCCCUUGAUCCUUCUAGUACCCCUCCCUUCCAUGCCCUGGUGCCUGUCCGCCUGCCGCCUCCCGUCCCCCACACCCCCCCUCCAGGGCUGUACACGCUGUUCCACGGCCAGGCGUGUCUCCUGGCAGACUAG